UCCUCGUGCGGGCCUUUAGAAGUAAGGUUAACCGUAACCGGGCAAACGAAUGAACUUAGUUGCCAGUUUGGUUUGAAUUGUCCGCAUGGCGUGUGACAAAAAUAACGUGACCGAUGCUUGCGGUGUUGACGAUGAAGGAUGGUUGUACAGAGAUGACUGCGGGGAGGAUGCGGAGGAGAAAACUCGCAGCAGUCAAACUCCAGCACUGGACCCUAAAGAGGCCCAUGGAAAUGGAGUGGACACUGAGGAACCUGGUGAAGACACUGAAGACAGUGACAGUGAUGAUGAUGUAUGUGUGACUAUAGGUGAUAUAAAGACCGCAGAGUCAUCUCAAUCUACUGGCUUUGGAUCCACACCUGUGAAUCUAAAUAUUAAAGCUGAGGGUAGGACACAUUCAGCGGUUGAGACUAACUCUAAGGGAGUGGACCUGGAUGCUUUGGGAAGUAUCCAAGAAAUCCCAAUACCGGAGAUUGAUAUCAAGUGCCUUGAAGAAAAGCCAUGGAGGAAACCUGGUGCUGAAGUCUCAGAUUACUUUAACUAUGGUUUUAACGAGGAAACCUGGAAAUCCUACUGUAACAAACAGAAGAUGCUCUUUGCAAUAUCUGAUAGCACAAUCUCCCCCAAAAUCAGGUCCCUUCAGGUUCACAGGGAACCUAUAGGCCAAGAAGACAAAGGGUCUGGGUUUGAUUCUCCCCCCUCCUACAGCCAGUUCAAUUCAGCAUCCAGGAACUCAAGUUUCCUAAUCGAUGUGAUUGGAGGACAAACUGGAUCGAUCAGUGGGGGAAAAUAUCACCGAUGCCAUGGUAUUGAAGAAAAUGGUAUACAGGUGCUCCCUGAGACGUCAUCGGAUGGUGAUCCUUCAGCCAAUGAAAUGAGUUCCUUCCUCCCUCUCAACAUCCCCCCUCCUCCUUUCCUGCCUUUUCCAUCCAAUGUCAACUCCAGCCCUUCACUCAUCCUUCCACGAUGGAUCCCUCCCCCACCAACACCCCCUCCUUCCUCCAUCAUCACUGCCUUGAACAGUGAGUGCUCUGCAGCGUAUGAUGGUGCACCAAUUCUACGAUACCCAUUUACACCAGGUGGAUCUCCUCUAAUUCUAGGGAACGUGACUUCCCAGGCCGGAAUGAUUGACAUUGCCAACGCCUGUGAAUACUACGAGCGACAGGACAGAGAGCGAGAGCAUGCCAAGGGCAAAGACAGACCCAGAGAACGGGGCCAUGAUAAAUACAGAGAAAGAGGCAGAGAUCGAGAGAGAGAGCACAGUUCUUCGAAGGCGAACCGCAGUGAGGAGGAGCAAGUGAGGAGAUGCAGAGACAGAAUGGAGAGAGGGCACAGUUGCCACCGGGACAGACCCGGCAGAGAGAGAGAAGAGCGGCACAGAGAGUGGAGGCACAGAGACGAGGACAAAGGAAGACACAAGUCAUCACACAGCACCAGGAGGAGGAGACACAGAAGUGAAACGCGAGAUAGCCGCUAUAGACACAAACACAAGAAGGUCAAGAGGAGCAAGGAGAACAGGGAGACAAGCCCUGAGGUUUUCAAGGGCCAAGGGAAUGAAUCAGGACUCAAAAAAGUGACUUGCUGUCGUAAUGACUACCCAAAUAGAAGAUGAAGUAUGGUCACACAAUGUUCCGUGACACACAUCUGAAAAUGGACUAUCCCUAAAUAUAUUUACUAAAUCUAUUUGUUUUAAUAUUUUAAAUUUCACUGGAAGAACAAAGGAUUUUUUGUAUAUCUUGUAUACAGUGCAUAUAUGUUGAGUGGACAUUGAGGGUUGUUUUUUUUCUUCUCAUUUUAUUUUGAAUUUGGAUAAAGGAGCUGUGUGAUUCC